AUGGCCACCGCCGAAGGCGACGCCGACUGGUCCCUGCCCUCCCCCGCCGACCUCGAAGACAACGGAUUCCCGGCUCAACCCUCCUCCCCCGCCGCCUCUAGCAGCAGCUUCGCGGAGGACUUCUACCGCAGCGGCACCGACUGGUCCUCCCUGCGCGCCCCUCCGCCGCUGCGGCCGCCCGGAGGGCCACCCGGUGUGAAGGAGAAGGAGAGGGGAGGCGGCUCGCUCGUGCAGAGCAGCCUCUUCCAGGCUUGGGGGAUCGAGGAGCCGCGGCGGGAGCGAGGGGCUCGGGGCUCGGGGCUCGGGGCUGCGGAUUCCUCCCCCUCCCCCUACCUUUCCGGUUCUUGGUUGGGAAGGAAGCGGAGGCGAGGAGGCACCGAGGAGGAGGGGGUGACGGCCAAGAAGCCCCUCGCGUGCCCCUUCUACAAGAAGAUUCCCGGCACACCAUUCACGGUGGAUGCAUUUCGGUAUGGACGAGUUGAGGGAUGCUCGGCAUAUUUCCUUAGCCACUUUCAUCAUGACCGUUACGGUGGAUUGACCAAGAAAUGGUGUCAUGGCCCCAUCUAUUGUUCUUCACUCACUGCACGCCUAGUGAAGAUGUGUCUGUCAGCCCCAGCAACAUGUAUUCAAAUCAAUGACUGCAGCUACAUUUGUCCUUUGGAGCUUGAUACCGAGUAUGUCGUAGAGGGAGUGACAGUAGUUACCUUGUUGGAGGCCAACCAUUGCCCUGGUGCAGCUCUAAUCCACUUCCGUCUAAGUGAUGGAAAGACCUAUCUCCACACUGGGGAUUUUAGAGCAUCAAAAUCUAUGCAAUUGCAUCCACUUCUCCAGAGAGGCCGGGUUCCCACCCUUGAUUUUGCUAUGAGGAUAGCUCGAAGAUAUCUAAAGAAGCAACCAAAAACCCUCACUGUUGUUGGGGCAUAUAGCAUUGGGAAAGAGAAUGUGUAUCUAGCAAUUUCCCAAGCUUUAGAGGUCCCUAUAUACACUGAUGCAUCAAGGAGGCAGAUUCUUCACUCAUUUGGCUGGUCAGACUUAUCCAAAAGGAUAUGUUCAUGCAAUCAAAGUUCACCACUUCAUGUUCUGCCCCUUGGAUCUGUAAAUCAUGAUAACUUGAAGAAGUACAUGGAGACUCUUAAUGGAAGAUUUCUAGGUGUGCUGGCUUUUCGGCCUACAGGUUGGACUUUCUCUGAGGCAGCUGGAAAGCAUCUUGACCUAAUAAAACCAAGCUCUAAUGGCAGUGUAACAAUCUAUGGUGUGCCUUAUAGCGAGCAUUCAAGUUUCACUGAGCUUAGGGAUUUUGUGAUGUUUCUGAGACCUCAAAAGGUAAUUCCUACUGUUAAUGUUGGCAACGCGACAAGCCAAGAUAAAAUGCAAGCACAUUUCCGGGAAUGGCUGAAGAGCAUGUGA